UUACAGACGAGAGUGAGUGAGAGGGUGAGUAAGAAGAAAUUACAAACAAAAACAAUGUUACAACAGCUGCUACACAGCAUUUCCAAUACAGGUAUUUUAUUUCCACUGGUGCAUUUCUUGUGCAGUUCGUGUUGUGCUUGCUUGGUGAACAGAAUUCCACCCGGCAACAGCAUUGAUUAUAUUAAACUGUAUGUGAGUACCGACAAGGUUAUCAACGUAGUCAAUGAUCGAUUUGUAUCAGUUGCCAUCGACUCCAGCGAAAUCAGGAAACACUGGAAUUAUGGAAAACUUAAUUUCAGUUCACCGCAACUACAGACAUUAUCUGCGUCCCUGCACCCGGCUUACCUACGGCUAGGUGGAACAAGUGCUGAUUUUCUAAUAUAUAAAGAUACGAUUUUGGAAAAUCAUAAAGUUGGGAAGACAAAGUCAUCCACAAACUUCACAAUGAAAGAGCCUAAUCAAUUGGAAAACAUAACCAACAUCACAAUUAGUGGCGGGCAACUUGCUCUGGACUACUGUCACUUGCGUAGGCUACUGGAUUCUUAUGUUUAUUACCGCCACAAUUUCAUCAUGGGUCCAUCGGUCACAAAUCCAAGCGGUAGUUCGACUUCAGACAAGCAACCAUCACUAACAUAUUUGACAGACUUUUAUCAAAAUGGUGGAGGUGACGCAAUAAACGCGUCAACAUGGCACCAAUAUUACAUGGAUAGUCGUAAUGCUACUGAAGAUGACUUCCUAGAUCCCGAUCUUUUGGACGACUUGAUAACGCAGAUACAGAGCAUAAAAGGAAUCGUGUACAAAUACAAGCUUGGUAGUAAGAUAUGGCUUGGUGAAACUAGUUCAGCGUACGGAAGCGGUGCGGAUGGACUUUCUAAUGCCUAUGUUUCGGGAUUUAUGUGGCUUGAUAAACUUGGCGUAGCUGCUUUUUAUGGCAUUGACGUUGUUAUUCGACAAACACUUUAUGGGGGGAAUUAUGCACUGCUGGACGAGGAUUUAGAACCUCUGCCGGAUUGGUGGUUGUCGUUGCUUUAUAAGCGGCUUGUUGGACAGAGGGUUUUGGAAGUUACAACGUCUGCUCGUGGAGGUGAUUCAAAUCUGAGGCUGCUACGGUCGUAUGCACAUUGUUCAUUGACCAGCAGUGAGUACGCAGCCGGUGACGUCACGGUUUAUAUAUUAAAUCUGGACAAGUAUUCCAGCAAGAGUAUAUCGAUAACCGAAGUUAACCAUAAAAUUAAAGGAAUCGACCAGUAUUUGCUGACGUCACAUGGUGAAAGUGGCAUGAGAUCAAAAUUUGUUGAUUUGAAUGGUGUAAAGCUUGAGAUGGUGGACGAACGAACAUUGCCAGACUUACCGCCAAAACAAUUGGAUCCAAAGCAAGAUAUUCUGAUACCUCCACUCUCAUUUGGAUUCUAUGUCAUGAAAGGUGCCGAUGCGUCGGCAUGUUUGAAGUAACUGGAUGGCAAGGUGCCAAAAGUGAUUGAACCAGAAGCAAAUACUUUCGCGACCAGGUUUUCAGUGUUCUUCAGCUCAUUUGAUCUCUAAUAGAAUCCCAUUAAGUAAAGACCGGUACUAAAAGUGGUCUUUAAAUAUCUCUGUUUAGAGGUAAAUAAAGAAAUGAUAUAUUAAA